GCCGAACGCUGUCCCGUAAUCAGCUGACUUGAGAGGAUCUGCAAAUAUCCCGAGUGGAGUAAUCAAGACGAAUUAGACUACCGAUGACCUACACUGACCGAGUAUUUCAUCAAUACUGUUCCCUAGAAAAGUUUAAUGGUGCAGUAUAACCUGUCAUAGGUCAACAGAGAAAAUGUCAGGAAACAGCCUGGUUUUACCCAUAGUGCUGUGGGGCCGGACGGCGCCCACUCACUGCAUCUCCAGCCUGCUGGUCAUGGAUGACCUCGCCACCAUCAUCACCGGCUGCCACGAUGGACAGAUCUGCAUUUGGGACAUGACCUCCGACCUCGAGAUCAGUCCCAGGGCCAUGUUGUUCGGUCACACAGCCUCCAUCACCUGCCUGUCUAAAGCCAGCCCCUGCAGUGACAAGCAGUACAUCGUCAGCGCCUCAGAGAGUGGGGAGAUGUGCUUGUGGGAUGUCAACGAUGGCCGCUGUAUUGAGUUCACUAAGCUGGCCUGCGCUCACACAGGGAUCCAGUUCUACCAGUUCACCAUCGGUACGCAGCGUGAGGGUCGUCUGCUGUGUAAUGGACAUUACCCAGAGAUCCUAGUGGUGGACGCCACCAGCCUGGAGGUCCUCUACUCCCUCGUCUCUAAGAUCUCUCCUGAUUGGAUCAGCUCCAUGAGCAUCAUACACUCACAUCGCACACAAGAGGACACAGUGGUAGCAGUAUCGGUCACUGGGAUACUGAAGGUGUGGAUCAUCACUCAGGAUGUCAACAGGAUGCAGGAUCUGGAUCCAGUGUUUGAGGAGGAGUCUAAGCCCAUCUACUGUGGGGGCUGUCAGAGCAUCUCCUUCUGCACCUUCACACAGCUCUCUCUGCUAGUGGUCUGCUCCAAGUACUGGAGGGUGUUUGAUGCGGGGGACUAUUCCUUGCUGUGCUCAGUGCCCAGUGAGAACGACCAGUCCUGGACCGGAGGAGACUUCAUCGCCGCUGACAAGAUCAUCAUCUGGACCGAGGACGGAUGCUCCUACAUCUACAAGCUCCCCGCCAGCUGCCUCCCUGCCAGUGAACAUUUCCGUACUGAUGUAGGAAAGACUGCCGAAGGCUCCAUCCCACCUCUGGUGUACAGCAUCGCGGACCGCACAGACAAACAGCUCCUCAUCUGUCCCCCGGUGACACGGUUCUUCUACGGCCGUCGGGAGCCCUUCCACAAGCUGCUGGUCCAGGGAGAUUCAGCCGGACGCCUCACCCUCUGGAGCAUCCCAGACACCUCGCCCCUGCAGCCCCUCUCCACCGCAGCAGAGCUCCAAGUGUCCUCCACCAUCUCCCUCCAGGAGGCCUUUGACAAGCUGGCUCCCCUGUCGGCGGGCAUCAUAGACCAGCUGAGUGUGACUCCCGGGUCGGAGGAGCCCAUCAAGGUGACAGCCAGCGUCUACAUCCCCUCCCAGGGCAGGCUGGUGUGUGGCAGAGAGGACGGAAGCAUCAUCCUGGUCCCCGCCACACAGACUGCCAUCGUACAGCUGCUGCAGGGAGAACACAUGCUGCGGAGAGGCUGGCCCCCUCACCGCACCCUGCGGGGUCACCGUAACAAAGUGACGUGCCUGCUGUACCCCCACCAGGUGUCCCCUCGCUACGACCAGCGCUCCCUGGUCUCCGGCGGCGUGGACUUCAGCGUCAUCGUCUGGGACAUCUUCACUGGGGAGAUGAAGCACGUCUUCUGUGUCCACGGGGGAGAGAUCACACAGAUCCUGGUCCCGCCUGAGAACUGCAGCAAUCGUGUUCAGCACUGUGUGUGCUCUGUGGCCAGUGACCACUCCGUGGGUCUGCUCAGCCUGCGGGAGAGGAAGUGCAUCAUGCUGGCGUCUCGACACCUCUUCCCCAUCCAGGCCAUCAAGUGGCGGCCCUGUGACGACUACCUGGUGGUGGGCUGCUCUGAUGGCUCAGUGUAUGUGUGGCAGAUGGACACAGGUGCGUUGGACCGCUGCGUGAUGGGCAUCACGGCUGUAGAGAUCCUGAAUGCGUGUGAUGAGGUGGUGCCGGCCGCUGUGGACGCUCUAAGCCACCCUGCGGUCAACCUGAAACAGGCCAUGACACGACGCAGCCUGGCCGCGCUCAAGAACAUGGCCACGCACAAACUACAGACCCUGGCUACCAACCUACUGGCUGCAGACAACGCAGACAAGGGCAACCUGCAGAAGUACUCCAACAACAGUCUGGUGGUGCAGGCCAUGAAGACCAAUCUGACAGACCCUGACAUGCAUGUCCUGUUCUUUGACGUGGAGUCGGUGAUCAUCCAGCUGCUGACGGAGGAGGCCCAGCGGCCCAACCCCACCCUGGUCUCCCCAGAGACCCUCCAGAAGGCCCAGGGAGCAGCUGACAAAGGAGGGUCCUUCCUCGCCAACAAGAUCUUCAAACAGGUGAAGGAGACGAUGAAGGAGACCAUUAAGGAGCACCUCCUGGAUGAAGACGAGGAGGAAGAGGAGGAGAUGAGGAGACGCGAGGAGAAGUCUAAGUCUCUGUCUCUGUUGGAGUAUAACCUGACUAUGGACACGGCCAAACUGUUCAUGUCCUGUCUCCACGCCUGGGGCCUCAACGGACCACUGGACGAGGUGUGUCUGAGCAGACUGGGCAUGCUCAAACCCCACUGCCCCAUCUCCUUCGGUCUCAUAUCCCGCGGAGGUCAUAUGUCUCUCAUGCUGCCCACCUUCAAGGAGUCCCUGCUGCGUCAAAUGGCCCUGUCCACGGGCAGGAAGUUGUCCCUGUCAGAGAUGGUGGGUAAAGGGACAUACGGAGUGUCCCGGGCCGUGACUACCCAGCACCUGCUCUCUGUCAUCUCACUGGCUAACACCCUGAUGGGCAUGACCAAUGCCACCUUCGUGGGAGAACACAUGAAGAAGGCACCCGUCAGGCCUCCUAGACCCGGGACCCCUGAGACCCCCAAAAAGACAGCAGCACCCCCCCAGGUGUCUAGUCCGGCCGUGCAGGGACAGAUCAAACAAGCCGCUGCUGUUGCUGCUACUACCAGUACUACCAGUCCUGGCAUUGGGGCUUUCCCCUCAGGUCCUGCUGCUUUCCAUUGUCCCUCAGUCAACGAAGGUUGGAGCCAGCUGGCUGCUAUGCACUGUGUGAUGCUGCCUGACCUGCUGGGCCUGGACAAGUUCAGACCACCUCUUCUGGAGAUGUUGGCGCGCCGCUGGCAGGACCGCUGUCUGGAGGUGAGAGAAGCGGCCCAGGCCCUGCUCCUGGCUGAGCUGCGGAGGAUUGGUCAGUCAGGCAGGAAGGACACCAUCGACCUGUGGGCCCCCUACCUGCCCCAGUACGUGGAUCAAGUCAGCUCACCGGGAACCUCCGCUGACCCCGCCGUGCCGUCCCCACCCCUUCCUGAUACCCUUCCUGUGGAAACACAGCUCCCCACUGCCGAAGAGAUGGAAGUCACGGACGAUGACAUCAUAGCAGGCUGUCUGUCCAACCUGCCUCCCAACACCAAGAAGAUCUGCAACUCGUACGAGGAGCGUCGUAAGCAGGCCACCGCCAUCGUCCUGCUGGGGGUCAUCGGGGCGGAGUUCGGGGCGGAGCUGGAACCCCCUAAGCUGCCGUCUCGUGCCAGGACCAGUGGACAGGCUCCAGAAGGUUUUGGACUGACUACUGGAGGAUCCAACUACUCCCUGGCCCGACACACCUGUAAGGCCCUGACGUUCCUCCUCCUGCAACCCCCCAGCCCCAAGAUGCCCCCCCACAGCACCAUCCGCCGCACAGCCAUAGACCUGAUUGGUCGAGGCUUCACCGUGUGGGAGCCUUAUAUGGACGUGUCCGCUGUUCUCAUGGGACUACUGGAGCUGUGUGCUGACGCAGAGAAACAGCUGGCCAACAUCACAAUGGGCCUGCCCCUUAACCCAGCAGCCGACUCGGCCCGCUCAGCACGCCAUGCUCUCUCUCUCAUCGCCACAGCCAGACCACCGGCAUUCAUCACAACCAUCGCCAGAGAGGUUCACAGACACACAGCCAUGCAGGCUAACUCCCAGUCGCAGCAGAAUGUCCACACCACCUCUCUGGGCCGAGCCAAGACGGAGAUCAUCAGGGUCAUAGAUAUCCUCAUUGAGAAGAUGCCGACUGACGUCGUGGACCUUCUGGUCGAGGUAAUGGACAUCAUCAUGUACUGCAUCGAAGGCUCUCUGGUGAAGAAGAAAGGCCUCAAUGAGUGUUUCCCUGCUAUUUGCAAGUUCUACAUGGUGGGAUACUGCGACCGGAGUCACCGUAUUGCCGUCGGGGCCCGCCAGGGUUCAGUGGCCCUUUAUGAUGUCCGCACGGGCAAGUGCCAGAACAUCCAUGGUCAUAAGGGUCCUAUCACAGCGGUGUCGUUUGCUCCUGACGGGAGGUACCUGGCCACCUACUCUAACGCGGACAGCCACAUCUCCUUCUGGCAGAUGAAUACGUCUCUGCUGGGCAGUAUUGGCAUGCUGAACUCUACCCCUCAGCUGAAGUGCAUCAAGACCUACCAGGUCCCCCCGGUACAGCCUGCCUCUCCUGGCUCUCAGAACGCCCUGAAGCUGGCCCGCCUCAUCUGGACCUCUAACCGGAACGUCAUCCUCAUGGCCCACGACGGCAAGGAGCACCGCUUCAUGGUCUGAGGCGGGUCAGGGGACGAGGUCACUGGGGGUUAGAGGUUAAACGGUCACCACCAAGAGGGGGGGGGAACUAACUCACCACAACCAGGAAGUGAUUGAGAUGAGAAGGCUUUGCAUCAAUCGUUUACAUUGAUAACUAUUACUGCUAUUUCAUGUUCCUGUUGUUUACACUGUUUAAUUGUUGUUGUUCCUCUCCUCCCCAGACGUUUCCUUUCCUCUGUUAUUUAAAAUGAAACACCGCUAGUGUUGCUGUCUAGUCUGAUCUUUUCAAAUCCCAUCAGGAGGGAGGAGGGAGGGGGGGGUCAACUAAUCCCUUGGUGUGAUGAUUUGGCUUCUAGAUGUAAACUUUACACCAUAAUAAGUUAAUUGUAUUGCGUGUGAUAGAGAGGUCAGGUGUGGACCUGCACUGAGAGGUGUCAGUUGUAAAAAAAAUAUAUAUAUUUUUAAGUGUGUGUGGGUUACGCCUUCAUCUUAACUGCACCAAUCAUCUCAGCCGUGUGUUAAAUAGGACACGCCCCCUGCUCACCUCUACGGCAACUGUACACCUUUAAACAAGAACACUUUACCAAACCGUUCUCUCCUACCCUCCUUAUAUAACACCCCCAACGAGAGGGAAAACGUGUUCAAAACGUAUCACUGUUCGGUCCAAGAGGAAAGACCAUUAUCAUAUGAAGAAUAUAUCACUAUAAAGGCUUUAUUGUUGUUGCUGCUUGUUAAGCUUUUUACUACGUACCUCUUGUCUAUUUUCUCUGUUGGAUAUUGACUAGAAUAAUGUGUCAGGCUAAGAUACUCAUAUUAAUAUGUACAUUGAGCCAAGGAGUCCUAUAGGACGGCCACGGUGUAGCAAAGACGAAAACCUUCGCCCUGAUCCUCUUAUCGUAGAUAUACUAGGUUCUGAGAGUACGUAGAUAUACUAGGUUCUGAGAGUACGUAGAUAUACUAGGUUCUGAGAGUACGUAGAUAUACUAGGUUCUGAGAGUACGUAGAUAUACUAGGUUCUGAGAGUACGUAGAUAUACUAGGUUCUGAGAGUACGUAGAUAUACUAGGUUCUGAGAGUACGUAGAUAUACUAGGUUCUGAGAGUACGUAGAUAUACUAGGUUCUGAGAGUACGUAGAUAUACUAGGUUCUGAGAGUACGAACAAGAUACUAUCUUCUGAGAGUACGUACAAGAUACUAGGUUCUGAGACUAUACAGAUACUAGGUUGUGAGACUAUACAGAUACUAGGUUGUGAGUACAUACUAGGUUCUGAGAGUACAGACAGAUACUAGGUUCUGAGAGUACAUACUAGGUUCUGAGAGUAUAUACAGAUACUAGGUUGUGAGUACAUACUAGGUUCUGAGAGUAUAUACAGAUACUAGGUUGUGAGUACAUACUAGGUUGUGAGACUAUAUACAGAUACUAAGUUGUGAGACUAUAUACAGAUACUAGGUUGUGAGAUUAUAUACAGAUACUAGGUUGUGAGAGUACAGACAGAUACUAAGUUGUGAGAGUACAGACAGAUACUAAGUUGUGAGAGUAUAUACAGAUACUAGGUUGUGAGACUAUAUACAGAUACUAGGUUGUGAGAUUAUAUACAGAUACUAGGUUGUGAGACUAUAUACAGAUACUAGGUUGUGAGCGUAUAUACAGAUACUACUGUAGUUUCUGAGAGUAUAGAUAUAUUUUAGAGAGACUUUACAUUGACUAUAUAUCCCUGGAAUGUGUGCAGACGCUAUUAUUUUUCUUCUUGUUUUCAACCCCUGGCCGGCAGCAGGCUGCGAGUGUUUUUAGGGUCCCUGUGAGUUCCCUACUCUGCCUGCUCCGCGUUUCUCCACCUCAUCUCCGCUCCUGUCAAGUUCCUAUCAUUAGCAGUAAAAGCUUCUAACGCCAGAGAACACCUGCAAGCCCAAGCGUGUCAAAGCUUUUCACAAGUUCUCUCCGCAAAAAAAAAAAAGUACACCCCCCCCCUCCACCCCUCCCCAAUCUUGUCAGACUGCUUUUGAUGGCCUUGACUUGACUUCCCUCCAACCUUGGAAGAUCUUAAUCUCUUUUCUCCACUGCCCACAGUAAUAGCUUCUGAAAAUGUGGUUUUUUUGGGGGGGCAGUUUUUUGGCAGUUUCUCUGAGAAAGAAAAUAAAUACCAUUGAGAUGGAAAGAGUCAAGUAGAGAAAAGAAAGUGAGAAAGACCUGAGGCUAGAGGUGACUGGCAGGAGGAUUUCAUCUCAUUUUUCUUCCAGGCUGUUUAAAUUAUGUUUUGUAAUUCUUUUGAAUGAGAUGAAUGGAACCAUAGGAGUAUCAGUGGGUCUUAACACACAACCUUGAGGUACUCCUUGGUUAUAGUACGUCUGUUUAAAAAACAGAGCUCUCUCCGUGGUGUUUUAUUCCUGCACCGGAGCAGUUGUCUGAGGUGUCGAAAGACGUCAUCCAUUGGGCUGCUAACUGACCUGUCAGAGUGACAAACUACCGGUCAAACGUUUUAUAACACCUCUCUCAUUCAAAGGUUUUU